CCAAGGACAUAGAACACGUAUGCCUUUUUGAACAACCCGCUUCGAUCACAACGACCUUCACCUUCAGAUGUAAACAUGGCUGCAGUGGGGAGAAACGUGCGAGUUCUUUCACGUUCUUUAUACAAUAUCCUAUCAUCAAGUGGAUCUCGGAUUCCAGUCCUCGCCACUCUGCGCCAUCACUCUGACGAUGGGAACAAAUCUGGUAGGAGGAAGGGCAAGACCCCGGGAGGGAAGCUAGACGACCAGAUUGAGACCUCAGACGAGCAGAGGAACCCAGUCCUUGAGAAGGAACCGCUAGAGCGAUUUCCAGAUGACGUAAAUCCCAUCACUGGGGAAAUCGGGGGCCCUCGUGGCCCUGAACCGACUCGCUAUGGGGACUGGGAGCGCAAAGGCAGGGUCACAGAUUUCUGAAUUCUUGUCUGUUUUAUGGAUGUGUGAACAGCCGUGAAACAUUUUGUUUUUGAUCUGACAGGACUGCUUCAACUAGUCACUUUGGGAAUCAUCUGGACGUCAACACAACCACUGUGGAUCAUGGAUAUAUUUAAUGAUUACUGUAGUCCAUGGGACAUUAUUCCUAUAUUGUUUGCUCAUGAUCCUCGUGAGAGUAGCUAGUGCAUUCAUUCAGCUUUAGCAUUGCUGCUUUUACAUCAUGUUACUAAAGUAUCCAUAUCAGUACUUAAUUUGGUUUCAGAUGGUAUUGUGAAUGUUUCAUGCAGUUAUAUAUUCAUGGGAAUGGUGGUUUAAUUGUGGUAGAAACACCAUCGAGUGUGCAUAUGUAAAAAGUUGUACAUUUACUGUUAAUAAAGGAAAUAGAAAUAUAA